AUGUCAGUCUAUGAAAUUUCUCUUACAGAAAAGGAUGAGCCGAUGCUAAUGACGAUGCGAUUCUGCAUUGUAAUUGUACUGUGCAUGUGCUACGUGUACGAAGUUUUCGCUCAACAGUGCAAGGAGGAUGAGCAUGCCAUUUCCGGUAUGAUGCUGCGAGGACACACCUUCACGACAAUGAGAUCAUCGAUUGCAUUUGAAUGCCAUCAGGCAUGUUACAAUGAUUUCAGAUGUCACAGCUUCAACUACGUCAUUUCAGAGGAAGUAUGUGAACUAAACAACCGGACUAAGGAGGCCAGACCAGAGAACUUCGUGCCAAAUUUUGAGAGAUAUUAUGUUAGGAGUAAUAAGAAAAGAGUUCCUCUUGGCUCCGUUCCUGAAUUUCCAGCGGAAACGUGUAAAGAGAUAAAAGCAAGCGAAGAGGGGAAAGCGACCAGUGGCAGUUAUUGGCUUGAUUCCAUUAUAAAGGGAAAAACACUUCUUGUUCCUUGCGAUAUGGAAACAGCGGAUGCUGAUGAAUGCAAAGCCUCGUUACCUGUCUGUAACACGAAUGCCAUUUGCCAGAAUACCCUUGAUUCGUAUAUUUGUGCUUGUAAACCUGGAGUUAUUGCAGAUGGGAGAACUUGCACUGCUGUACCAUCUUGCGAGGCGUUAGGAAUAGAGGAUCCAAACAUCGUACCUGAUGCCCAAAUCACUGCGAGUUCCAAUUAUCUCAGCUAUUAUCCACGCAAAGGACGGCUCAAUGGAGACAGCGGUUGGUGUCAGCAGUCUUCUAAAAUCACUGAUAACUAUAUACAGGUUGAUAUGGGAGCAGGGCGCACAGUAUGCGGAGUCGCCACACAAGGAAAGGCAAACGGAUCGUUUAUAAAAAGCUACAGGCUCUCGUUUUCUACUGAUGGCACCAGUUGGACUGCAUAUAAGGAGCAAAACGUCGAAAAGAUCUUUGAAGCGAAUUCAGACUUGAAUACCAUUGUAAAACAUACACUGAAUAACCCAGUCCAAGCAAGAUACAUUCGAUUUUAUCCGGUCACCUUUUCUGGGUACCCUUGUAUGAGGAUCGAAGUGUUCGUGCAAUAAAGAAGAAGAUCAACAACAGGGCAAUUUUUCUGCAUGAACCCUCCUUGGUCUUGUAUAAUGGAAUGGUACAAGUGUUGGUGAAUGCUUUAAACAGCCAGAAAUGGCCUAACUGUGGAAGUAUUGAAAAGUUUUCAACCGUUUCUUGCGUAGUUUACGGGCCGUUUCCCGAAGGUUCCGAUAACUUAACUGGCCCCGAGCUGUUCUGUUUUUAUUCAAGAUGGGGUUUUGAAAAUUAUACAAUUAACAUGUAAGCUACAGAAACAAAAUGGACUGAUUAGAGUAUUAGAACCUGCUCUGCUAAUCUUAAAAUUCUGAUUAAAAAAUAUUGCCACGGGUCCGUUAACGGAACUUUUGAGAAAGAGGCCCCUGGACCCGAACCGAAUGUGGGCAUGAAACGCAAGUCGCGUGUAUUAC